GGAUUUUUCAAUAUAGAACAUAUCUCUUUACAUUACAUCGACUUCAAUUUCUAGUCGAUGUUGCAUUUGCAUGAAUCGAAAUGGGAACCCUUGGCACGCAACUUUUACGAAGGGUGGUUUUUCAGCAAUAUAUAAACUUACUCACGAACAGACAAUCCAGUUCAACUGCAAAAUUUUGUCUAAAAUCAAAAUAUGAUGUCAUCGUCAUUGGUGCAGGACAUAAUGGUCUUGUUUCUGCAGCCUAUCUUCAAAAGGCCGGCUUGAAUGUAUUAGUGCUGGAACGUCGACCUGUCCUUGGUGGAGCUGCAGUAACAGAGGAAAUAGUCUCAGGGUUCAAGUUUUCUAGAUAUUCAUUUGUACUUAGCUUGCUUCGACCUCAAAUAAUGAAAGAUUUAAAGCUGAAGGAUUUUGGUCUUAAGCUGUACUUCCGUGAUCCUAACUAUUUCACGCUGGCAGAUGGUCGCUAUCUCUUACUGGGAUCUGAUGAAUAUAAAAAUUAUGAGGAGAUUUCAAAAUUUUCCAAACACGAUGCCAAUGUAACAUGUACUCCUUGUACUUUUAUAGUUUUAGUCAUUGUUAAAUCCUUCUAUAUCAUAUCUUUAAAUCUUCCAAUAAAAUGGAAAGGAAAAAGAUCAUGUUUCUGCGCAGCGUUUUUCGUUUUUAUGUCAGUAUGUUCCAUUCAAUACUCCUCUUUAGUCGAUGCGAUGGGACCAUUUCUCGAUAAUCCUCCCGUUGACCUGCAUGCGCUACUUUAUGGCACAAUGAGAGAGAAAAUAGAUACUGUAUCUUCAAUUAGAGCGCUAAUAAAAACAGCAAAGAAACUAGGCCGCGAUCUACCUUUAUUCUACGACUUGCUCACUGCACCUGCAACCAAGGUUUUAGAUAAAUGGUUCGAGUCAGAGCCAUUAAAAGCAUGCUUAGCAAUGGACUCGAUAAUUGGUGCCGCUGUCGCUCCUUCGUCAACGGGAAGCGCGUACGUUCUUCUGCAUCAUGUUAUGGGGGAACUUGAGGGACGUAAAGGUGCUUGGGCAUACGUUGAGGGUGGUAUGGGGAGUUUAUCUCAAGCUAUCGCGGACUCGGCAAAGUCUUUGGGCACGACCAUACUGACUGAAGCGCCGGUGAAGUCACUGCAGGUCCAAGGAAAUUCCAUACAAGGGGUUGUAAUGGAUGAUGGGACACAGAUAGGUGCAACAACCGUCCUAUCGAAUGCAACACCAAAAAUCACCUUUCUAGAUCUCUUGCCAAUGGAUGUUUUACCCGAAGAAUUUUACGAAGAUUUAUCAUCUAUCAGCUAUCGCUCUCCCGUUACGAAAAUCAACGUUGCUGUGGACAAGUUGCCCAAUUUCUCGGCGCGACCCAACGAGUCGAACGGUAUGGCCUCUGAUCACCAUCGCUGCACUAUUCAUAUAAACGCCGAAUCGAUAGCCACGAUAGAAAAAGCUUUUGCUGAUUUUUUACAAGGAAAGCCUUCCGAUAGACCGUUAAUCGAAAUGUGUAUUCCGUCAUCCCUUGAUCCAACGCUUGCUCCGACCGGAUGUCACGUGCUGUCUCUGUUUAUCCAAUAUACACCGUAUCGUCUGAGGAAUGGAUUGUGGACAGACGAAAGACGCAAUGACUUUGCAGACAGAGUGUUCGAUUGCAUCGAAGAUUAUGCCCCAGGCUUCAAUUCGUCUGUCAUCGGUAGGGAUAUUCUUACCCCGCCCGAUUUAGUAAAAUGUAAUAAAAUACAUUUCGAAAGAACCUUUAAAAUGACUGAAAUGAAUAUAUUUCACGGCGCUAUGUCUAUUGACCAACUAUAUUUUGCAAGACCCUUGCUAUCGAUGUCGAAUUACAGAACUCCGAUAAAAGGUUUAUAUCUCUGUGGCAGUGGAACACAUCCCGGUGGUGGAGUUAUGGGAGCAUGUGGACGCAACGCCGCAAACGUAGCACUGAAAGACUUACGAAGAUAAAACACAACAACGAAGCUAGGACUAAAGAAGUGUAAUCACAGAACACAUGAUUCAGUUCCGCAUCUUCGAACAUGAAGUAUAAUUUAAAAGAUUUGUCGUCACAAUUGUCUUACAGUUGGCACGCACCAAUGAUGUAGAACCCAAUCUCCUAAACGUCUAACUAACUACCGCGUCAGUAUCACAUCAAACAUUUUAAAAACCAAAACUAAACUAUCAAAUCUGCAAAUGUAACCAGUUCAGAAUAGCUGGCGCAAAUUUCUUUUCGUCUCUUUUGCCAAGUUUGAAGACGGUGGCUUGCCUCACUCGUAACUAUAGAAUAUGGGCGGAGUGAAGCAUCUAGAAGAUUGGGUUCUAGGUCUUUGGUACGCAUGCACAUAGAGUUAAAACAACAUACCAAAAAGUUAAAAACAAAUAUUAUUAAACACACAAAUACAUCCAUAUACAGUCGCAAUGUGUUGUGCCUAGCUAUCUAGAUAAAUUCGUAUACAUUAUUUACUUUGACGUGGGAGUCAAUCAAUCAACAACCUAUUUGUGUAAUGUAUUUUAAAAUUCCCGCGAAGGGUAUGUUUUCUAUAUAAAUUACAUUUUUAACAUAAA